CGGCCGGGCCAGCGCGGCUCUGCCGGGCCAGCGCGUCGGGACGCGGGGCACCAUCCCGGGCGCCGGGCGCUUCCGGUGGAGCGGCGGCGGGUCCCGGCGGCGGCGCGGAGCGUUUUUAUUCCAGGCCAGUUGCCAUUGCUGAAGAUUCCUAACGCCAGAUACCCAACCCACUGCCAAACAACCAUGAACGAGAGGAGGUAGCUGCCCCCAGCAGAGGGAAAAUCUGAUUUCAAUGGAUACAAAAUAUAAAGACGAUUUAUUUAGGAAGUAUGUACAGUUCCACGAAUGCAAGCUGAAUGCCUCUGACAACAAGCAGCGUCCUAUUAACGAUGAGUACUUGCGAGUGGCAGCAGCAGCCUUACUUUGCCUUCCCAAAAUUGAUCCCUUUUAUCGAUUCCGGCUGAUAAAAUUUUACGAGAUGGCUGAAAACUCACUGAGAUCUGUGAAAUCCUCAAGUUUACAUUGUCUCCAUAAUGCAUUCAACAUGCUUGAGACAGUUGGGAUUAAUCUCUUUCUGUACCCCUGGAAAAAGGAGUUCAAAAACAUUAAGACCUACACUGGACCCUUUGUUUAUUAUGUGAAGUCUGCUCUAACGGAAGAUGACGUGAGGCAGAUUCUGAACUACAUGGGCUACGUCCAGGAGCUGGGAACAACGUUUAAGCUCAAAGAGCAGGUCGACGCCAUUCAGGUGAAAAUGAUUUCAUUUGAGCUCUUCCUGGCCAAAGUGGAGUGUGAGCAGCUUCUGGAGAUCCACCUGCAGGUGAAGGACAAGGGCUAUUCCGAGGUGGAUGUGGUGCAGGAGCGCAAGAGCAGCAGCGAGGACGUGCGGGGCUGCUCGGAGGCCAUGCGGCGGCGCCUGGAGUGCAAGGAGAGCCUGAACACGUCCAUGGCGCGCAUGGUGCUCCAGAAAUCCGCCAGCGAGCGCGCCUCCAAGGACUACUACAAGCCUAAGGUCAGCAAGCCUUCCAAAUCCGUGGAUGCAUAUGACAGCUACUGGGAGAGUAAGAAACCCCCUCUGAUGAGCUCGCUGAGCCUCAGGAAGGAGCCGAUUUUGGUCGAUGCGGAAGAUGACAUUAAAGAUGAAAUCAUCCGUCCCUCGCCCUCUCUGCUGACCAUGUCCAGCUCCCCUCACGGCUGUUCAGAUGAAUACUUGCCAACUUCCUCUCAUCACAAUGGCAUGCUAAGAACAAAUGUCCCUUACAGCUCCUAUUUUUCUGCUCAAGAGGACUUAGAUUUAUAUACUGACCCUGAUUCUAGAAGCGUGUUAAAUUUUAAAAGACAAGACGCUAUUAAGCCUGAUGUAUGGCUGUUAAGAAGCGAUGCCAACCCAGUUUACCACAAACGCACCCACCUAGCCAAAGAGACAGCUUCCUCCAAGUGCCAGAACUGUGGCAUACCCUGUGGCGCUUCUGUCUGCCAGAAGUGUGACAGCCUGUUCGGCUCGAGGCAGGAGUACCCAGCAGUGAAGCAGAGCUCCUACUCCAUCAAAGCGCUCCCGAGCGAUGGCUUGUCUCCUGCCUCGGCUCUGAGGGAGAAAUCUCAGUACACAUCUCAGACUCAGAGUCAAGACAGAGCUGCUCAGUUUGCUUCCAAGCCCAAGCCCUCGGGCACCUCGCGCUGCGGCUUCUGCAACCGCUCGGGCGCGGCCAACACGUGCACCUUCUGCUCCAAGGUCUCGUGCGACUCCUGCCUCAGCGCCUACUACUACGACCCGUGCUGCAGGAAGAGCGACCUGCACAGGUUCCUGCCCAACAACCAGCUGAACUACAAAUCAUCCCAGCUGUCCCACGUGGUUUACAGAUAGACUGCGAGAGUCUGUUUGGGAAGGGAAGGGGGAGAGGAAAGGGCUAUCCUAACUAAUGUUCUGACUCCACACUGACCUCUUGCCAAAAUCACAUGUCCAGAUAUUUGGAACCAUGGUUCAGUGAUCAGGUGCCAGUUCUUGAUUUUUGUGGCUUCACAGAUGCUGCAGAUCCAUUAGAUUUCAUGCUGCUAUAAUUUAGGUAAUUCCUAAAUGAGCAUUGCUUUUUAACUUACAUGGGGGAGAAGAGCACAUUUUUCCUUAAAACUUGGCAGCUGUUGUAUUUUUAAAAAGUGACAUCAUACCUUCCUAUUAUAUCAUAUCUUGCCCAAAUAAAACCAGGCAGUAUUUGAAAACAAAAUCUGAGAAUUAAGAUUCUCGUUUUCUAUGAGUGAUGAAACCACUGCCAGUUUUUGAUAAAGUAUGACUUCAAAAUGUGCAGGAAAUAUGAGAAUGGCUUGUUUUGCCAACAAGGACUAUUUUUUGAUGUGUGUCUGCAUUUCUUGAUCUCCAAAAUGCAAACACCAUAACCUCUCUUCCUCUUGUCUUUGUUUCCUCCUUCUCCCCUUCUCUCCUGGUUGUUUAUCUCGAGCUUAUAUAACCUAAAUCUGGACAAUACGUGCUUUAUUUUCCAGUGUUGCCAAUAUCAUCCUUCUGGGUUUCACUGUAUGGUAUUUUAAAGAGGUGAUCCUGUAUCUGUGUCACUCAGAUGAUGCCUGGAGUGUUGUCCUCUCAGAUGAGUGUCCAUUUUCUUUCUGUUGCACAUGGUUUAAGUACUGUUCUUUGUACUGUAAAUAGGUGAUUUGGAAACAGUUUAUUUUUAAUAAAUAUUUAAUAUGUUGAGUUCUUAAAA